UCGAGCGGCCCCGAGCCGCCUUUCCAGUAGAACAUCCCGCGGUUCGGCUCAAGCUCCAACACAAACAGCAGAAACACACGGCGGACUCGGUGCAGCACCGAACAACGUCCGUGGAGAAACGGAGACACGCCGAGGGUUCCGCCGUCAUGGAAAGGGACCUUCUCCAAGGCCGACAUCCUCCGAGGGAUCAUCACCGAGAAGCUCAGCAUCGCCACCCGCGACAUCCUGGCGGUGGUGGAGAGGACGGUGGCCGACUACGAGGAGGAGGCGUCGGGCUUCAGGCGGAGGAUCGCGCGGCAGGAGCGGCAGCUGGAGCUCCUGCAGCCCCGGGUCAACCUGCACAGGCUGCUGGAGGAACCAGAACCAGAACCCCGGGGCUCGGAGGAGCUGGACGGGACGAGACCGCCGAAGGAGGAGCUGCUCUCCCCGCCGCCUGACAUCAAAGACUCUGUGAGGCUCGACUUUCCUCAGAACGAUGAAGAUGAUGACAAUGGUGGUUUUGAUGAUGAGGCAAAUGAUGAAGAUUCCAGGAAACAAACCAGGGAUCCGGAUUUUGAAAUCCCAUUGAGAUCCAUGUCCCGCAGACCUCCACGGCGCAGAAUCCAGCACAGCAGGGCCUGGUCCAGAAGCCGUCUGACCCACCUGGACAUCAGGGUUCGCUUUAUUAAGGACCCAAACGUGACCGCGUUGCAGCGCUCUAGUUUGAAGAAGACCAUCGUCCGGGACCUCAGCUUUCCACGAAGUCUUAAAGAGCCGGAAUUUCUAGAUCUGCUCAGGUCCUCCUUUCCGCCGCUGGCUGGGAGUCACAAACUCUUUGAGAUUUACACACUGAACAGAAGCACGAAGCUGCAGAAGCUGCCGCUGAAGACCAUGACACCCAAUGAGAUCAUCAGGAGCAUCAAGGCCAACGCGCCACGGGCCACUGUCCUCUUCAUCAAGCUGAAGAGCCCAGGAGCUGAGAAGACGUCAGAGGAAACGCCGGAGGAGAAACUUGAAGGAGCAUCUGAGGAGAUCCAGGAGAAAUCUGAGGAGGAUCUGGAGGAGAACGAUGAGGAGAUAGAAGAUUCCUUCGUAUCAAGAUUUAAAGACAAACCUUCAUCCUGUGUUGCUUCAGCAGAAGAAGAGGAUGAAGCCGGACCGAGUUCAAGAUCCACGUCCCACAGACCACCGCGGUGCACAGCCCGGCCCAGCCGAGCCUGGACCAGCAGCAGUCCCACCCACCUGAACCUCAGGAUUCGCUUUAUGAAGGACCCAAACAUGAAUGGAUUCCAAAAGUCUUUUUUGAAGAACACUCUUGUUCGGGACCUCAACUUUCCUAGAAAUCUUCCAGAGUCGAAAUUUGUGGAUCUGCUCAGGUCCUCUUUCCCACCGCUGGCUGGAAGUCACAAAGCCUUUGAGAUCCACACACUCAACAGAAAUAAAAAGCUACAGGAGCUACCGCUGAAGACCAUGACGCCCAGAGAGAUCAUCAGGAGCAUCAAGGCCAACGCGCCGCGGGCCACCGUCCUCUUCAUCAAGCUGAAGAAGACAGAAGCUGAGAAGAAGUCAGAGGAAACGUCUGAGGAGACACUUGAAGGAGCAUCUGAGGAGAUCAAGGAGAAAUAUGGGGAGAAUCUGGAGAACAUCGAAGAAAGUCUGGAAGAGAACACUGAAGACACCCUGGAGGAAAACCCUGAAGAGAAUCCGAAGGAGAACAUUGAAGAUAAUCUGGCAGAGAACAUCGAAGAGAAUCCGAAGAAGAACACUGAAGAAAAUCUGGCAGAGAACAUCGAAGAGAAUCCGAAGGAGAACACUGAAGAAAAUCUGAAGGAAAACAUUGAAGACAAUGUGGAGGAGAACACAGAGGAGCAUCUAGAAGAGGACACUGAGGACAUAGAAGAUUCCCAUGUAUCAACAGUAAAGGAGAAACCUUCAUCUUGUGAUGCUGAUGCAGAAGAAGAUGAAGCUGGACCGAGUUCAAGCUCGGGUCCACAUGGUGUCAGAGAGGAAGCAGGGUUCAAUGAUUCAACUGAACACCACAAGGACUCUGAGGUGGACAUUGUGGACCAAGAUGAUGCCUCUGCUGAGGAUCCAGAAUGGAGACUGGAGUCCAAGCGGCAAAAAGUGGUGAAGAAAACGGCAAAAAAAAGUCAAGAAAAACGGUGGAAGAAAAGGGCCUGUAAAGUUUGUGGGUUCUGGUACAGAUCCUUGGGCACUUUGAUCAAACAUGCAUGGACUCACAUGAAUGAACCGCAAAGAGUUUGUGGGGUCUGUGGAGACACUUUUGAAUCCACCGAAGAGCUUCAGGAACAUCUGAGAACCUACGAUGAAGUUUACAAGUGUGAGGAAUGUGGGAAAACCUUUGUCGGAAUUUUCCGUUUCAAAAGGCAUCUAGUCAUGCACUCAGAAAACGUGGACAUCCGGUGUGACGUUUGUGGGAAAAAUUUUGGGACCAAAGCCACUCUCAACUUGCACAGCUGGAGCCACAAAGAGGAACGGCCGCACAAGUGUGAGCUCUGUGAAAAGUCCUUUGGUCUGAAAAGUCUUCUUAAGGCUCAUAGAAGGAGCCAUGAGAACAAGUGCCACCUCUGCAACAAGAGCCUCUCCACCACCCGAAGUUUGUCUCGGCACUUGAUGAGUCACUCUGAGAAACGCCACUUUGUGUGUGAAGUUUGUGGGAAGCGAUUUAAAAUCCCCCAGGAUCUGAAGAUGCACAAGAAGGUUCACAUGACCAGAGAACGGUCGUUUCUCUGCGAUAUCUGCUGCAAAGCCUUCUACUGCAACGCAACACUCAAAGCUCACUUGAAGACCCACAGCAGUGAGAGGCCCUUUGUCUGCCAGGACUGUGGGAAAAGCUUUGUGAGCAAAGGAAACCUGAAGAUCCACCAGCGAGUUCACACCGGAGAGACGCCGUACAUCUGCUCCCACUGUGGACAGCGCUUCAAGCGGAAGCAAACCCUUGAUAGUCACAUCAGCACCCACUUGGGCAUCAAACCCUUCACUUGCUCAGUGUGCGGGAAGGCUUCUUCAACUCAUGAUCACCUGAAGGUCCACAUGAGGACCCACACUGGAGACAGACCCUACAAGUGCUCUCUUUGUGACAAGACCUUCACCCAGAGCCACUGUCUGAAAACACACAUGAUGAAGAACCAUGCUGGAGAGAACCAGAACCAGACCGGACCCUAAAGAACCUUUAUCAGGACAAACCAAACAGACUUCAGAACAUGAUGCUGGAGUAACUGAUGAAGUCCAGCAUGAACAGUAGAGAUGGUUCUGGUUCCAUCCAUCUCAUAAACACUGGAUCAGGGGUGCCCAUUCCUGGCCUUCCAGAGUUACCACCCUACCUGAUUUCCAGCUGUCCAUGCACUGCUUGCUGCUGAUUACCUGGAUCAGGUGUGUUCAUUCAAUCACAAUGUGAAGAUGUGCAUGUGGCAGGGCUUGGAGAUCUGGGAAACAGGCAGUGUGGUAGCUCUGGAGGACCAGGAAUGGACAGGUCUGCACUCGAUUCUCUGAACAGCAAAUGAAGAAGUUUGAAUUUUACAGUUAUGUUUUAAUCAGUCUUGUUGUAGAUGAUGCACAUGUCUCAAGUUUUUCAUUUCAACAUCUGAUCAGAUACUGUUUACCUGCAAAUGUUCCUGGAUGUGUACAGAAACUGACUUCAACAGCCAGAAAACUGAAGCUGAUCAAGUCUCCGCUCACCAUCAGAACGUCUGCUGGAGCUCUAGAUCAGAUCUUUUUGUACUUAUUUCUCUAAAAUACAUUGUCAAGCUUUUUAUAAAGUUUAUUAAGCAUAAAAAGUCAACAUUUGUUUCCUGUUUUAAUUUAAUCAGAAACUGUAAAGCUGCAUGGAGAUGAAACCAAAUACAACUUCAUUAAAAUCAUUUCUACUCUUUACAGAUUAAA